AUGAAGCGAACUAGUGAUGAGAAUUAUUGCGAUUCGUCUAAAAAGGUGAUUUGCGAAAGAUUUCCAUCGGCGGAUGUGAUUCCGAAUAGCACAAAAAAAAUACGGAUAGCUGUGGCUGGCUGCUCUCAUGGACAAAUGGAUAAAAUUUAUGCAACUCUUGCUGCGGUCGAACGGAAAAAUCGAUAUAAAUUUGACUUAUUGAUUUGCUGUGGCGAUUAUCAGGCAGUGAGAAAUUAUGGUGAUUUAAAGCAUAUGCAUAUAAAGGAGAAAUAUCGGGCUUUAAAUUCGUUUUAUCGAUAUUACUCGGCUGAAGUGGUAAUCAAAUUUUUGCCUGCUUUCAUUGAGUUACCUCUGUUAUAUGUUUUAGAAGCUCCAGUUUUAACUAUUUUUGUCGGCGGAAAUCAUGAGGCGUCUGGGUUUUUGCAAGAAUUGCCAAAUGGUGGUUGGGUUGCACCAAAGAUUUAUUAUAUGGGUCAUGCUUCAGUUUUAAAUUUUGCUGGUCUUCGAAUUGCUGGAUUGUCUGGAAUUUAUAAUAAAUACCACUUUGAUCUUGGUCACUAUGAAUGUCCUCCUUUUGAUAAUUAUGGAGAUCUAAUUUCAAUUUACCAUGUGCGCUCCGUAGAUUUGUUUCGACUAAAACAGCUUAGAGAUCCAGAUGGAUUUUGUGGGAAACAACUGGACAUGUUUGUAUCUCACGAUUGGCCUGCAGGUAUAGUGGAUUAUGGUGAUAAAGAAAAACUUCUCACACUGAAACCUUAUUUUGAAGAAGAUAUUAACAGAAAUAAUCUUGGAAAUCCAGCUUCAAUGUCUCUGUUAUAUGAUUUACGACCUCGAUAUUGGUUAGCGGCUCAUUUACAUUGUAAAUUCGCUGCACUGGUAUCCCAUCAAGACAAAAUUAAUGAUGGUAAGAAUUUGGAACCAACACGUUUUCUUUCUCUGGAUAAACCUAUCCGAGGACGUCAUUUUCUGCAGUCGUUGGAAUUCGAUGUUGAUAUUAAUUCAGAGAUGGCGUUAUCGUAUGAUCCAAUAUGGCUUGCAAUAUUGCGAUCAACUGAUAAACUGACUAGUAUUUGCAGAACUCAAGUUUAUAUGCCCUCGCAUCAUAUAAAAGAUGAACGCUGGGAUUUUCGACCAACGGAAGAGGAAAUUGAAGACGUAAAACGAAUAUUUAAAAGCAAUUUUAAGAUCCCUGAAAAUUUUCGGCGAACGGCUAAGCCACAUGUUCCUGGGCAAGAUGAAAACUGCGGUGCCGAACUUUAUUAUAGAAAUCCACAAUCCAGCGAAUUCUGCCGAAAAUUAGGCAUCAGCGAUCUGAAUGAAAUGUUAUGUCAUCUUUCAGUUGCAUCCCUUGGGCUUCCACACUAUUUGUCCGAAAGUGAAAUAUGUUCAGAAAGGAGCGAAAAAAUUUUAAUAGAUGUUGAAACUGAUUCGGAAUUUUAG